AUGGCUCAACUGAUGAAACUGCGGCCGACCGCGAAGUCACACAUCGCGGUCAAGGCUAUUGUGUUCGACAUGGACGGGACGUUGUCAAUUCCGCAGCCUUGGAUGUUUGGCGCCAUGCGUGAGGCGAUAGGGCUAACAGACCCCAAGAUGGACAUCUUGACGUUCGUGGACCAGCUGCCCUCGAAGCAGCUGAAGGACGACGCGAACGAGCAGCUGAAGGCCGUUGAGGCCCGCGCGAUGGCGGAGAUGCAGCCGCAGCCCGGGCUGCUGCCGUUGCUGGAGUACCUGACGGCGCACGAGAUUAGCACGAGCAUCUGCACGCGGAACCUGAUAAAGCCGGUGCGGCACCUGAUCGCGAGCUUUGUGCCGGAUGAGCACCAGCGAUUCGCGCACAUCCUGACGCGCGACUUCCGCCCCACAAAGCCCGACCCCGCGCCGCUGCUGCAUAUCUCGGAGCAGCUGGGCAUCGCGCCGGAGAACAUGGUCAUGGUGGGAGACUCGUACGACGACGUGGAGUGCGGGGCGGCCGCUGGCGCGGGGACGAUCCUGGUGCGCAGUGCUACGAACGGCGGCCUGCUGGAGUCGCGGGCCGACCUGAUCGAUGCGUCCGUGCAUGACCUGUCGGAGAUCAUCGAGCUGCUGGAGCGCGGCUUCGAGAAGAAGCGGUGA